UUCCUGCCGUAAGAGGUAAAGAGAAUGCAUUCAUGUCAUGGCAGGAGAAGCCUCAUCCAGUAGCUGGUGGAAGAUCCCUACUACCUCUGUCUCCAGUUGCGACUCCAUCAACCACCGCCAGUACGAUUCACCUUAUGAGGUUGAUCCUGCCUCCUGCUUCACCAAUCUGCAUGGCCUCAGCAUGAGUUCUUCGUCAGCUAAUAUCUCCGGCGAGCCAGCGGAGAGCCAACUCUGGAACCAAGCCUUGUUGAACGUCGGAGGUGGUAGAGACAUGCCAAACCACCACCGUGACGACAGCAAAAGCUUCCUGCAACCAUGGAACUUCAAAAGCCUAACAACAGACCAGAACUUGGGCCUCGCUAGCGACUACCUGGACAAUCCACUGUCACUAAGCAGCCUGGAGAAGUUGAGCAGAAUCCAAUUUGAGAGAUUGAGCAUUGACAGAUCAGACAUGGCUAUCAACUGGUCUUUAGCACCUCCAAACCCUCAUCUGGACUGCCCUCUUUCACCUUCAGUAUCAACCCAGCUUCCUGUCACUCGUCUGCCUGUUAAGCUUGACAGAUUACAUUCAAGUUAUUCGCUAUGCAAUUACGAUGGCUGUUUGAACAAUCCACCACUCGAAGGCUCGAAUUCAUUUAUAAAUAGAGGAAACGGGAGAAGAUUUACUGCAACAAGUGAAGGGAAAAGGAAAAGGUCCGAUGACAGUUCAGAGGCACUACUGAAGAAAUCCAAGAACGAGAACUCAAUGGCUUCAUGUGCAAAGGCACCAAAGUUGACAGAGAAGAUCACUGCGCUGCAACAGCUUGUGUCUCCUUUCGGCAAGACUGACACUGCAUCAGUGCUCUUCGAGACAUAUAAUUGUAUCCAAAUUCUGCAUGAGCAAGUACAGUUGCUUAGUGAUCCAUUCAUGAAGUCAGCUGGUAGCAAGAAUCACGGGGAUUGGGGAGAGAUGGAGAGGAAGGGGAGUGCAGAGACAAAUCUUGAUUUGAGAAGUAAAGGACUCUGCUUGAUUCCUGUUUCUUACUUUCCUGAAGACCAUAAAGAAAAUGGUGGGUUAGAUUACUGGAUGCCAACUUACAGAACUUGUUUGUACAGAUGAUCAAUCUAUGAAUGUGUGGC